AUGGCGCAGAAAGGAGUUCAGCUGACCCAAGAAACCUUCUCUUGUUCGAUCUGUUUGGAUCUACUGAAGGAUCCAGUGACUAUUCCCUGUGGACACAGCUACUGCAUGAACUGUAUUAAUGGCUUUUGGGAUGGAGAGGAGGAGAAGAAAAUCUACAGCUGCCCUCAGUGCAGACAGACUUUCACACCGAGGCCUGUCCUGGUGAAAAACACCAUGUUAGCAGUUUUAGUGGAGCAGCUGAAGAAGACUGGACUCCAAGCUGCUCCUGCUGAUCACUGCUAUGCUGGACCUGAAGAUGUGGCCUGUGAUUUCUGCACUGGCAUGAAGCUAAAAGCUGUGAAAUCUUGUCUUGUGUGUUUGGUUUCUUACUGUGAGAAACACCUUCAGCCUCAUUAUGAUUUGGCUCCAUUAAAGAAACACAAGCUGGUGGAGCCCUCCAAGAAGCUCCAGGAGAACAUCUGCUCUCGUCAUGAUGAGGUGAUGAAGAUGUUCUGUCGUACUGAUCAGCAGAGUAUCUGUUAUCUCUGCCCUGUGGAUGAACAUAAAGGCCACGACACAGUCUCAGCUGCAGCAGAAAGGACUGAGAGGCAGAGAGAGCUGGAGGUGAGUCGACAAAACAUCCAGCAGAGAAUCCAGGACAGAGAGAAAGAUGUGAAGCUGCUUCAACAGGAGGUGGAGGCCAUCAAUCAGUCUGCUAAUAAAAAAGUGGAGCACAGUGAGAAGAUCUUCACUGAGCUGAUCCAUCUCAUCCAGAAAAGAAGCUCUGAUGUGAAGCAGCAGAUCAGAUCCCAGCAGGAAACUGAAGUGAGUCGAGUCAAAGAGCUUGAGGAGAAGCUGGAGCAGGAGAUCACUGAGCUGAAGAGGAAAGAUGCUGAGCUGAAGCAGCUCUCACACACAGAGGAUCACAUCCAGUUUCUACACAACUACCCCUCACUGUCAGCACUCAGUGAGUCUACAGACUCAUCCAGCAUCAAUAUCCGUCCUCUGAGCUACUUUGAGGAUGUGACAGCAGCUGUGUCAGAGGUCAGAGAUAAACUACAGGACAUUCUGAGAGAGGAACGGACAAACAUCUCACUGACAGUCACUGAAGACGAUGCUUCCCUGUCAGAUCCACCAGAGCCAAAGACCAGAGCGGAAUUCUUAAAAUAUUCCCGUGACAUCACACUGGAUCCAAACACAGCAAACACACAGCUGUUAUUAUCAGAGAGGAACAAAAAAGUUACAUUUAUGAAACAUCAGCAGUCUUACCCUGAUCAUCCAGACAGAUUCAGAUAUUGUUAUCAAGUCCUGGGUAGAGAGCGUCUGACUGGACGUUGUUACUGGGAGGUUGUGAGGAAAGGGCGAGUUUAUGUAGCAGUCGCGUACAAGAAGAUCUGCAGAGCAGGGUGUGGAAAAGUGUGUGGAUUUGGUCGUAAUGACAAAUCUUGGGCAUUAGAUUGUUCCAAAAACAGUUACACAUUUUGGCAUAACAACACGGAAACUCCAGUUUCAGGUCAUGGGUCCUCCAGAGUAGGAGUGUACCUGGAUCACAGAGCAGGUAUUUUGUCCUUCUAUAGAGUCUCUGAAACCAUGACUCUCCUCCACAGAGUUCAGACCACAUUUACUAAGCCACUUUUUGCUGGACUUUGGUUUUACAAUAAUUAUGGAGAUAUUGCUGAGUUCAUCAAACUGAAAUAGACUGAACUCUUUCAUGUUGUUGUGGGUUUAAAUCUGUAUUUUUUUCUCCUUUUUUUUUCUAUUUUUUCUAUAAUUGUUGUGACAUUUCUGAUCUGCACACAGAUCAGCUGUCAAUCAAACAUUAUGGGUGGUACCUUGACAUCUUUUAGAUGUCGUCUCCAUCUUUAUGAGUUCUUAUGUGGAGCGCUUUCCCGUGUCUGUUUAGCCAUGGAUGCUGUCACAGCUCAUGAGGAUUUUUAUUCACAAAAAUAUUUCUAACCCUGUGUUGUUGUUUAUCAUCAGCUUCAUGGGUUUUACUACAGUAAUCUGCAGUACUUCCUUUGUCAUACAGAUUUCUUUUCUCAUCAGUGUACAUUUGUACAGAAAUCUAUAAUUACAUUUUUUUCUUUGGUAGACUAAAUAUUUCUAUUUUUGCUUUUGAAUACACAAACAAAUAAAGCUGGGCAUACACUGUGUGAUUUUUGGCCCAUUUUGAGACGAUUUUUCACUCAUGCAACCAUUUUUGGGAUCGCCCGAGUUUCGCCUUAAUCGUGUGUCAUGCAUCGUGUAGUAUACAUGGAGUAACGAGAAGCGAGUAACACCUCACGACCAGCUCCCGAUCAGCAAUCAUAUGGUCACAAGAAAAUCAAACCUUUUUGAAAUCCUGAUCGCCCCUCGUGAGGGUAUCAACCUCUCACACUGCGCAUGCGCAAACACAGAAGUGAAAAAGACGGAGCAGCAUGGCAGUGCAGCGUGUGAUCUGGACACAAGCUACGGACGCCCAACUUUGGCAAGUUCAUCCGAGCCUUUUCGAUGUGGCCUCACAAAAUUAUCACGACCACAACAACCGUGAAGAGUUGGAUGGACAUUGCUGCUCAGUUGUGUUUUUCAUUAGCAAUUUAGAAAAGUUGA